CUUAGGGUACAUGCUUUUGGAAUGAAAAUAUGAGGAUAUCGAAUCCUCAGCUACUGCCUCUAUGCCAAUCAUUAUGGCUUCCAGUCACAUUUAGAACACAGAUAAGACCACUGUCUCGUUGGCAUGCUCAACAGUCUAGUGAUGUCUACAUUAAAGCAGCAAAAGCAGAAAGUUAUCGCUGCAGAUCAGCUUUUAAACUUUUACAGAUCAAUGAAUCAUUUAGUUUAUUCAAAGGGAAGAAACGUGUUGUUGACCUUGGUGCAGCACCAGGCUCAUGGUCACAAAUUGCAGUCAAAUUGGCUAGAAAAGAACCUUCUACAAUUCCUGUGUUGUCGAUAGAUUUACUUGACUUUGAACCUGUUCCUGGAACUAUUCAUCUUCCAAAGACCAGUGUUGAAAACACAACUGUUAUAAACAAAGCUUUGGAAGAAAUGUGGGGAGAAAAUAAACCCCAGUUGGUGUUGAGCGACAUGUUACACAAUGUCUCUGGUGAAAACUCUUUUGAUCACAUAAAUUCAUUAAAACUAUGUUCUCAUGUUCUUAAAUUUUGCUUUAUUCAUUUAGAAGAUAGAGGAUCAGUUGUCAUGAAAAUUUACAAUGGCCCUCAUGAACCCGAAUUCAUAAAGCUUCUCCAAUUCUAUUUUAAACGAGUUAAAAGAUUUAAGCCAGAUGCUUCAAGGAAAUCAUCAAAAGAACACUAUAUAAUAGCUAAAGGAUUUCAGAGAGAUGUUUAUGAUAAGAAACAUAGUAGACCAGAAAUUCAAGAUGACCUGAGCGAGGAGUUAGAUUGAAAUACAGCUUACUGAUUUAGUUUUUGAUAUAUUUUUGAUGUAUGUUUGUUUGAAUGAUUUUCCGUUACACUGUCUGUAAAUUUGGCUACUUCAU